AGGAGAGGAAAGGAGCACAGGAUACGGUUCCUUGGACAACGGAUUACGACAAGGAUUAAAUAACAAAUGGUGCACGUCAGAGGCGAAAACCAAAUGCAAAUCAAAUCGAAUUGAAUUGACGAAAAACCACAUAAACACACAGUUGGAAAGGGAUAACAAAAGUGACAGAGACAGCGACAGAGAGUGAGAGAGAGAGAGAGAGAGAGAGUGAUGCAAUACGAUGAGAACAAUACAAACAUCAACUCGAAAAAGUUUUGCGAGUAACUCGGAACAGCUGUCUAGCGCAAUGAAAAACUUAUGAAAAACGCUAAAUUAACAGAAGCAAAGCGAAAAGUUUGAACUCACAUACACAAGCACACACACAUUCACAUACACAGAGGGGGGCCAGGUGAGGGCCCAUCCUGCCUCUCGAAUAAGAGUCGGAAUCGUAGAUUGAACUGAACCAAGCUCUCCUCCUUCCAAAAGGCGCAGUGCGCAAUUGCCACAAUGUGCACAAGUAACAGCCAAAACAACAAAAACAACAACAACAACAACAAGCUCAUGAGCAAGGAGCAUGACUUUUACCCACUACUGUGGCUCUGCUUGGCUGCCUUUAUCCUGGCGCUAAGCGUUCCUGGCAGUCUGGGAGAACAGCACCCGGCGACGGCUGAUGAAGGUCCUCUCUCGGAAGUCCUGACCGCUGUUGGCUCGGAGGUCGCAUUGCCUUGUGAUCUAAUGCCGGGCACUAUGAUCGCCGAUAAGGUUCAACUGGUCAUCUGGUAUCGACAGGGCAACGUAAAGCCCAUCUAUACGUUUGAUGCCAGAGGUCGACCACUACACCAGGCAAUACCCUGGGCCGAUGAGAAUGUCUUCAACAAGAAGGCGCAUUUUUACUAUGACACAAAUCCGCCGGCUUUACGCAUCAAGAACAUUCAGACCUCAGAUGCCGGGCUCUACAAAUGUCGCGUUGAUUUCCAUAAAUCACCAACGCGCAAUUGGCGCAUUAAUGUGACAGUUUUGGUGCCACCCACCCAAUUGACCAUAUUGGACCAUCAUGGUGCGGCAGUGAGAGAUCAGACCGCAGGGCCCUAUUUGGAGGGGGAUAGCAUCAAUCUGACCUGCCUAUCGAGUGGUGGUGUGCCACCCCCUCGGGUAUCCUGGUGGCGAGAACACGCCCUCGUGGAUGACUCCUAUCAGGUGCUGCCCGACGGCUCAGUGCGCAAUGCGCUGCAGCUGAAGAACAUUCAACGCAAGGAUCUGCUAACGAUGUACACCUGCCAAGCUACAAAUGGCCAUGUUGUUCCUGCGCUGACCAAAAAAGUUAUCCUGGACAUGAACCUACCACCGCUGAGUUUGCUGCUUCAAGGCCUUAAUCACGCUGUCGUCGCCGGCACUCGCACCCAUGUUACAUGUACAGCAAUCGGAGCUCGUCCGCCACCGCACAUUAUCUGGUCCAAAGCAGGUCAGGUAUUGAAGGGUGCCACUCAGUCGACUGCCUCGGAUGGGAAUACUACCAUAUCCGAGUUAAUGCUCAUUCCGGUGCCGGAGGACAAUGAACGUCAAGUUGUGUGUUCCAUUGCCCUCAACUCGGGUAUAACAUCGCAGCAGCUGCACGAAGGCGAUACCACGGUGAUGACUACGCUGGGCAAUGGCAAUACGGGCUUGUACCUUAAAGAUUCCCGUGUGCUUAACGUUACGCAUGCUCCCAUUGUCAACCUGAAUUUGGGUGCUCCACUUGACCCCAAUAACCUGCUCAAAGGUUCCGAUGUCUAUCUUGAGUGUGAUGUGCGUGCAAAUCCCGUCAUUACCCGUGUGGAGUGGUAUCAUAAUGACAAGCAGUUGCACUCCUCACGCGGCAUUAUCAUCUCCAACCAGACAUUGGUACUGCAGGGUAUCUCUAAGUCGUCACAUGGCCAAUACUUCUGUCGAGCCACCAACCUGCAGGGCAGCGUGUCCAGCAAUGAGGUUUACCUCGAUGUCAAAUAUCCGCCCGUGUGCAAGUCGGACUCGACGAUUAUACGCGCCGCACUCAAGCAGACCAUCAACAUUACCUGUGAGGUGGACGCCAAUCCACUCGAUAAUCUAAAUUACAAGUGGCACUUCAACAACUCACUGGAGAGUCUCAUCGAGUUGCCGGUGAUGGCACAUCUAGUUCCAGCGACGUUGCCCCUGCAGCUGCCUUCCGGCAACGGCGGAUAUUAUCAACGCAGCAAACGGAAGCACACACAUGGCAGCCAGCAUCUGUUGCACGGUCGCCAUGGACGCGUGGCCAGCAUUGUGGACAUGACGGAAACGGUGCGCUUCGAGGAUGACUAUGACCAGGAGCACGAGGAGCACGAGUUCGACAACUAUCCGGAUUAUAUGGAGCCACAAAUGGUCUACUCCAACAUGGUGCACAAAAAUCACGUGGACAACAAGCAGCCGCAACGAAAGCAGCAACCACAGCACCUUCAACCCGGCGACUCGAGUGUCCAUCACAACGGUGCCGCCAUCAGCGGACAGUUGGCUGAACGUAAACGUCUUGCGGCGUUGCACAAACAGCAGCACCAUCGCCAGGUCGUGGCCACGCCCUCGACCACGUCAGCGCCUCCGCUGAACAAUGUCUACAGCUACCACGUGGAGAGCUACGAGAGCUUCGGAGCCAUCUCCUGCGUGGCCAACAGCCCAAUGGGUCACAGCCAGCCCUGUUGGUACCACAUUCAACCCGCAGACCUUCCCGAUCCGGUGAAAAACUGUACGGCCUUCAAUGCAACAGCGAACUCGCUGCAGAUUCAGUGUAUUCCCGGAUAUGAUGGGGGCAUUCCACAGCAUUUUCAUGCCCAGGUCUACGAUGAACUCACCCGUCAGAUACUCUAUAAUGCCUCGUACAAGUAUGCGGAGUUUACAGUGAAGCGUCUGCCGAGCGACUCGGCGUUCAACAUACGUGUGACAGCAGUGAAUGCCCAGGGAGCCAGCAAGAUGGCCUAUCGAGUGAGAGGGCGGACACUCUCCGCCCCCCUGCUACGCACAGCAUCCUCGACAGCGGUGCUGGUGCAAUUGACGCCGCUGCUGGGCGCGCUAGUUGGCGUGAUUGCCACACUCUUUUUGGUUGCCAUCUGCGUUGUGAUCUUUAUUAAAUUCCGCAGCAAGCGGAGUCGUCGGCAUGUGAAUGGCGAUGCCACAACGACGGAGGCGGACAAGGGAAGCGCUGAGCCGCUUUCACGCAACAUGGGCAGCCAUUCCAGUUUGGAGGACAAAAACCCGGAUGUUGUGCCGCAGGAGGCCAACAGCGAGGAUGAGUUCCAUCUGGAGGAGAAGGCAUUCGACCGCCUGAAUAUGGAAUCACAACGCAUUCUCUACACGCCUCCCACCCGCAUUACCACCGCCUCGCCGCCUCCUCCCUCGCUAUCGCCCACAUUUGGCAAACAGUAUGGAGAACUUUCGCUGACGACCAAUCCGGCUUUUAGUUUGUACAACACGCCACAGAGGGCGCCAGCUGUCCAGCGACCAGUUUACACCGCUCCCCCGCAGCUGUUGUCAACACGAACGCCACCAAAUAUCUAUACAAGGAUCCCGGGAAGAGGCAGCGGUGGUCCCAGCGGCGGAGCCACCACCUAUCUGCCCGCCUACGAGACACGAACAUCCCCCACCUCCCCCUAUGGCUCGACGACCACGUGCACGAUGCCGCUGCUGAACGGACAGUCCAAUGGCUCCUUGCAGACCAACAGCAGCAUUGGCGGUGGCGUCACCUGCAACACGUUGCCGCAUCCGGGCAGUCUGCACUCGGGCGGUAUUUCUGCGUCGAUGACCAGCUCGGUGACCAGCGGCAACAUAACCAUUGGAGCUGCCCAAUCGCUGCUCACCUCGCCACGAGCGCAGACCGCCUACAGCACGCUGGGCAGCGUGGGGGGAACGCAAUCGCCGCUGCUCAGCGUGGGCAGCUCCCUGAUUGGAGUCGUCGGCGGUGCAGGUAACUAUGAGACGGUGAGCUCCUGAGAGUUAGCCAAAGAUGACAUUAAAUGUCAAAUCGUAUGCAUUGGGGGGAGCAGUACGUGCACAACAUCCGGCGCCGAGCGCACCACAAUCGUCUAGAGAAACCCCCUCAGCCCGCAACCCGCAACCCGAAACCCAAACCGAACUGUAAUCCCAUAUUGUAUUAUAGUAGUUAAGCUGCCCGGCAUGGCGUUUACCCGUGCUUUCGUCUAGCUUUCCGGAAUUACUUCCAACCCGAUUUGCAUGAAGCGAAACGAACAAAAA